UAUUGGCAGCCAACAUUGCGCACCGCAACGGCAACAGGACAAGUAAUCGAAAGUGAUUGCAAAGCGUUUAUGCAAACUUUCACUCGCUAGAUAGUUUAACACACGGUUGGUGGUAGGUGCUACGAAGGAAAAGCGGCAGUGCGAAAAAACGAAAAACAUUAAAAAUAGCAAUUAAUAAUAUUUUGUGAGUUUUACUUAAAAAUCGUCAAGGAAAGUAGUUACACAGCAGUAGCAUCAUGUUGCUUAAGGCAAGCCAAAACGGGCCACAAAUUGUAGGCUGUCUGCUAUUAUUUGUUUUAGUUUCGCUUUGUGAUGGCUUGCAGCUAGGCGCUUUUACCACCAAAACGCCCAGGGUUACCAAGUACACGACGAAGCCAGCGUCGUCCUCUUCAAUGAAUCACGAUGCGACAACCUCGAUUUAUCGCCUCAAUGCCACAAAUGGCAUCACCUGCAUUUUAGUUAGUGUGGAUGGCCUCAUCAGUAUUAAAUAUCGCAAUAAGUUGAACGAGGAUGUUGAAGCUGAUCUCUAUCUACCCGAUGAUCCAAAGCUCACGGGCGAAUGUGUGGAAUCCAAUAUGGAAAUAUUGAGAUUAGAUUUCAAAGGAUUCGCCUUGACAAUGACAUUCCGCAAGUCAUCUGGUGGCGAAGGCUGGUACAUAAAUCAAUUCGAACUCACUUAUUCCUCAUCGAAUGCACUAUUCGAACAUCCCGAUCGCCCAAAUCUGAAUGUGAAACUUACUUCGCCGGCGCACACGCCAAUGUACUUCCCAACGCCCGUCGGCAAGUCAUACGUUUGUGACAAGGAGCAAAGCGUCGUCUUGUAUGCACCCAUUGAUUCCGGCGACAUGUCGGGGCACAUUGCACGCCUCUAUCUGCGCGAUCUGCACAUGCAAAGCUUCAUGUUUAAGGAAAGCGGCAAGUGGGGCCCACCGUUCCAUUGCAGCGCUACGGGCUCAUAUCGCGACGAGACGGCACCUCUAGCGGUGGGCACCGCCUUGGCGAUAGCGGUACUAAUAACAAUAUCCGGCUACGGUGGUUGGCGCUACUUCAAAAUCAAGAAAGUGCAAUAUGGUUCUAUGGAGUAAGCGGUAUUUGGAGAGAAAAUGUUACUUGCUUACAAUGCGCUCGUUGGCUUAGUGAAUUCGUGAAAGUUAAUUCGGUUCUUUUCAACAUGCCGCCUUACAAAAGUUUACGUAACAUAAAGUAAAAUGUUUCGCUGGUGAAAAAACGCUGUACAUAUCUGGUUAAUAUGCGUUAUAUAACUGUAAAAUAUGUAAUUUUCAAUUUCAAUGUCUAAGGAAAUUGAUGCGUGUAUACAAAUACCAAAACGGAAAGGCAAUGGCGCAUGUCAUGUAGCAAGUAAGUAAUGAACAUUUAAACGCGAUUAAAUUAGGAGAAUUGCAAAAAGUCUUCCAUUAUUGUUAAAUAAACACAAAAUACAAAAAUAAUGUUAAAAACAACAACAACAACAAAUUUAAAAGUAUAGUAAAAUGAAUGCGCACUACAAGAAGCAUAUCACUGCAUAUAUAUGACAGUUAUAACUAGAUUAGUAUAUAUACAUAUAUGUACAUAUACUAUACAUAUGUAUACAGCUGUGCUCAUGAAAAUAGUCGUGCUGUUGGGUUUUGACUAGAAAAAAAACGAAAAAUCGAGUCAAAUAUACAAACUACGAAUCCAAUAAGAUUUGAAAGUAAUUUUUACCUUUUUUAAAACUUUUUUUGUAUUUAAAUAUUUUUUAAAAAAUAUUAUAGUUAUUAGUGUUUAAAAAAAUAUUUUUUUUUUAAAUUUUUAAAAAUUACUUUUUUUAAACAAUUUUUUAAAAGAUAUAUUUUUUUUAUUUAUUUUUUCUAUUUAUAUGCAGAAGAAGAAGAAGAAGAAGGUUAAGUAAAAAAACGAAUAUUUUUUCGCUUUGUACUCUGUAGAACAUUUAGUAGAGCAUUCAAUUUCAAGUAGUUGGAAGCGAGGUAAGAAUUUUUGGAGAGAUUUUCUUACAGCUGUCGAAAAACCUAUGUUUUAGAAAACCAAGCGAAAAAAUUUUUUUUUACUCACCCUAAUAUACACAGUUUUGCUUUUUCAAUAUAUAAAAUUUUUUUUUUGUUAAAAUGUUUAAUAAAAAAAAUAAAAAAUUAGUUUCUUCAUAAAAAAUAAUGUUUUUUUACAGACCCUAAUGUACACAAUUUUAUUUUUCCAAUAUUUCAAAAUAUUUUUUUUCUUAAAGGGUUUAUUUAAGAAAAAUUAAAAUUAGUCUCUUCAUAAAAAUACGGUUUUAUACUCACCCUAAUACACACAGUUUUAUUUUUUAGAUAUAUAAAAAUAUUUUUCUUUUCUUGAAGAUUUAUUUAAAAAAAAUUUUAAAAAUGUGUCCCUUUAAAAAAUAAUGGUUUUCUACCCACUUUAAUAUACACAGUUUUAUUUUUUCAAUGUAUAUACAUAUUUUUUCUUAAAAGGUUUAUUAAAAAAACUUAAAAAUUAGUCUCUUUAUAAAAAUAAUGUUUUUUGCCCACUCUAGCAUACACAUAUUUUUUCAACAUAUUUUUAUUUUUUUCCUUAAAAAUCCGUUGAGUUCAAUUUUUGAUAACUUGUUUGAGCGCUUCGACUGGUAUUUGGCAAAUGACACGCGUUUGUUUUGUUCCAAGGCCUGAAACGAAGCGGGAUUGUCCGCAUAGCCUUUAGACUUUACAUAUCCCCACAGAAAAAAGUCGAACGGUGUGAUGUGACACGAUCGUGGUGGCCAAUCGAUUGGCCCAAAACGUGAAAUUAUCUGCUCACCGAAGUGCUCGCUCAGUAAUUCCAUUGAUUGAUCACGAGCUCCAAUUGCAGACACCGAAUAGUCGGCGCGAUAAAGGUCGCCAUUGAUGUUAACGUUCUUAUCGGGUUAUUAGCGAAGCAAAAAUAACGGUAUUUGUUCGUUUUUAUAAAUUUAAGUGUCUAUGCUACCAAAAUAAGCAUAUUAGUUGAGUUGCCAAGUCAGUAUAAUUUAGAAAAGAUCUUUAAAUAUAAGCAGUUCUGGCACUACUAUAUUUAUGAACACAACUGUAUGUAUGUGCAUGAGCGUAAAAUUAUUUAUUUUCAUUAAAUUAUGCGCGUAUACAAGUUCAACAAUUUAAAGUAGUUAAAAAUCAAUUUUCUCAUGCAUUUUUUAAUCGAAUUACUACAUAAAUAGUUAAACAUUUUUGAUUUGUUGAUUAAAUCCUACAUAUAUAUAUAGUAUUAUAAUUGAAAUCUUAACUUUCUCAAAUUCUACGACGAUUUUCAUUGCAUAUUAAAUUUAUAGUAAAAUUGCACAAAACUCUGUGAGAAAUCUAAAUGUUGUUAAAAUGUAACAAAUAUACAAAUAUGGUAUAAAAAUCCUAUAUAUAUAUAUAUAUAUAUACAUAUAUACACAUAUGUAUAUACAAACAUGUAGAACGCUAAAAUAUAAGUCAGUUUGAACACUUGGACAUUACUGUGUACGAGCGCUUAGAGAUCGUCUGAGAAUUUGAAGGUUGAAGGUGCAGCGAUUGGCUUGGUUUGAAACACGAGCACUGAGGACGGUAUAUGGUAUACAAAUUUAGUUAAAAUAUAGUAAAAAUGAAAUAAAAUUAUUUUUAGCAUAAUAAUACAUAAAAUUGCCAUUUGAACUAUAGAGCAAUUGCAGCAAUAAAAAAAAUAAUAUUGCGGACUAAUUUUCAUUAACGGUUAUGUUCUUUAAGAAAACCUAUCGAUUUACGCGUUAUAUAAAUGUAAGCUAAAUUGAAGCUAAGCCUAAGUUUAUUAGAAAAAUAUAUGCAUAUAAUAUAUAUACAAAAAAAAAACGCAAGCCAAAUUAACUAGCAGAAAUAUUAACUGAAGGUCUGAUUAAUUGGCAAGCAGACCUAGCAAAUGCACUGAAGUGUUAGUUUCGCAUGAAAAAUAAAUCAGAAAUAAAUCAAAUUUGCUGCCGAAUUUUGGAAAAUACAAAAAUGCAUAUACAUUAAUGCUUCCAAAUUGCAUAUAGAAUACAUACAUAUGUACCUUGAGCAUAUCAAAUACCAAAUCAAAUACCAAAUACAAAAACUAUGUACCGUUGUAAGUUCUUAGUAUACUAAUUUGAUUGCUUUCUGGCUGUCCCUUUGUCGUAAAUGAACGGCUAGCACACGGAGAACCAAAAAAAUAUCAACAAGCAAAUAUCAUUUUAGCCAAACUGCAAGCGAGUUGGCAUAUAAUUUGGCCAAAAGUUGACAGUUAGACAUUUGCAAUGCGCCAAAAGUGGCAUAGAAUUAUCAUUACAUAUAUGCACCCAUAUCAACAUAGCAUUUUUAUUGUAAAUACUAACGUACAUUGUUGGGUUAAAGCGAUUGUUAUUAUAAUUAAUUAUAUAUACACACAUAAGUGAAAUAAAUAAAGUACAUCAACUACUUAAACUA